AUGGAAAAUGGUUGGAUAAAAUUUGAAACCGCUCUAGACGAUUUGACUUUGGCUGAAAUGGAAUUUGAUCAAUAUUCAAUGAUAAGUUUUGAAACAGAAGAUGAUCUCAUUCCUGGUCUAUGUGGUCUAACAAAUUUAGGUAAUACAUGUUUCAUGAAUAGUGCUCUUCAAUGUUUAAGUAAUAUUCCUGAACUUACUCGGAAAAUUUUGUCAUUUGGUAAUGAAAUAAAUGCACCAAUUAUUGGUGCCUAUUCAACAUUGAUUAAAACAAUGUGGUCAGGUGAACAUGUUGUUACUAUACCAUCGUCUUUAUUAUUGAAUAUUUCUGAGAAUUUGCCACGUUUUCGACGAUAUCGACAGCAAGAUGCACAAGAAUUUAUGAACUAUUUUCUACAUCUAAUUCAUCAAGAGUUAACAAGCGAAAGAACAUUAAUUACUGAUUUAUUCUAUGGUCGAAUUCAAUCAAGUGUUAAAUGUUUAGGAGGAUGUCAUUCUAUUGAGACCAAUGAAGAAGUAAUUAGUUUUCUUCCGCUACCCGUCGCAAAUGAUAUCGAUGAAUAUAAUAUUCUCUAUCUUCAAAGUAAUGAUUUUUUUCGUGAAGAGCCAUUAAAUGGUGACUACUAUUGUUCGAAAUGUCUUGAUCUGAAAACAGCUAGGCAAAAGGCAGAUUUAGUUUUACCAUUACCACCUGUACUAAUUAUACAAUUAAAACGGUUCACCUACGAUCUUGAUUCCAGCGCAAAGAUUGAUACAUACAUUGAUUUUCCACUUCGAGAUCUUGAUCUUGGUCAAUAUAUUAUUCAGAAUAAUGAUGAAAAGACGAAUGUAUCAACAUUGUAUGAUCUUGUAGCUGUAUCUAACCAUACUGGUAGUCUUGUUGCAGGACAUUAUAUUACUUAUGCAAGAAAUGAUCGAAAUAAAAAGUGGUAUUCAUUUAAUGACGAAACAAUUCGAGAAAUUAUCGAUGAACAUGAUAUUGUAACAAAGAAUGCUUAUAUUCUUGUAUAUAUUCAACGAACUACUUUGUAA